AUGCGAGACCAAAGUGACGGUUCCGAUGUCUCAGAUCACUCACUGUCGACAUCGAAACCAGCGUUCAACCAUAUCGAAAAUAUCCAUACAAACGAACAAGUACCCGGUCACAGCAACUACUACGAGAAAAAUGGCCUGAGGACGGCUGGAGAUGGCGUCGACCACGAGGAGGAUGUUCCAAUGAACUUCGCGAGAAUCAUGGCAUUAGUUGCCAUGGCUUUUCUCUGGACAGGUAGUCAAAUUCCUGUCUACCUCUUCGGCGGAGUCCCACCAUACAUCUACGCCGACAUAGGCGGAACAGACCGCUGGAUCUGGUUUAUCCUCGCCAACCUACUAUCCCUAGCUGCAAUCUGUCCGUUCGUCGGGUCCAUCUCCGAUAUCGUGGGCCGACGAUGGGUUGCCAUGAUCGGUGCAUGCUUCCUCAUUCUAGGCAUGAUUGUGUGUUCAACAGCGCAUACGAUGAACGUCUUCAUCUGCGGCAUGGUGUUUUCCGGCGUGGGUGCGGGCAUCAAUGAAUUGACAGCUUUGGCUGUUACAUCGGAGCUUGCGCCUACGAGCCAGAGGGGUAAGUAUGUUGCCAUACUCGUCUUUACCAUUAUCCCCUUCUGCCCGUCAGUUUUAUGGGCUCAGCUCAUCGCUUCGCAAUCACCGGGUGCAUGGCGAUGGAUCGGAUUGUGGUGUGGGCUGUGGGCUUUCAUCGGCCUCGCCUUGACGGCAGUCUUCUACCACCCGCCUCCACGUGUCAACAGCGCGGGUAUGAGCCGCAGGGAGACUCUUGCGCAGAUCGACUACGUUGGCGGUUUCCUCUCCGUCGCUGGCAUGAUCUUGUUCAUGAUGGGUAUGCAAUGGGGUGGCUACCAGUACAAGUGGUCAAGUGCACACGUACUCGCACCAUUGAUCCUGGGCGUCGCCUUCCUUGUCGCCUUCGUAUUAUGGGAGGCUUACGGAGCAAAACACCCCAUGUUCCCGAAGCGACUUCGCCAAGAGCCUCGCAUUCUUGGUCUGACGCUCGUCAUCACGUUUAUCUCGGGAGCGAACUUCUUCUCUAUCCUCAUGUUCUGGCCUACACAGGCUUUUAACGUUUACGGACAUGACCCAGUGGGUGUUGGUAUCCGAGGUAUUCCAGUCGGUUUCUCGAUUCUGGCUGGUGCUUGUAUCGUUCUGUGGCUGCUGUCGAUGCUUCGUGGCCACAACAAGGAGCUCCUGAUCGCUUCGUCGAUCUUGAUGACUGCGGGGUGUGGCGCUCUUGCAGUUGGUCGCGUCGACAACUUGUAUCAGUUAUGGGGAUUGCUAGUCAUGGCUGGUCUCGGUAUCGGCGGUAUUGUCGUACCGGCAUCUAUCAUCUCCACUAUCAUCUGCCCAGAUGACCUUAUCGCAACCGUUGCAGCUCUUACCCUCGCCAUUCGCGUCAUCGGUGGCUCGAUCGGAUACUGCGUAUACUACAACGUCUUCAUCUCCAAAUUCGUCCCAGCCGCAACUCACUUCAUCGGCGGCGCAAUGGUGACCAAGCUCAACAUCACAUCCCCAGAGAUAAUUGGAGAAGCGAUUGCUAUCACCGGCGCCUCACUGCUACCGGCUCUGCAGGAACUCCCAGGCAUCAAGGAUGUGCCUGGUGCGUACGAAUUGGUUGUUUAUGCUGGGCAACUCGCGUACGCUGAGGCGUACAAGUACGUGUAUUACGUGAGUAUCGCGUUUGGCGGCGUUAGUAUCAUCGCAGCGUGCUUCUUGGGUGAUAUCUCCAAGUACAUGGACGAUCAUGUCGCUGUGGUGAUGCACUAA